AUGGCGUCCCUCGCCGACGGCCCCGACGUUACCUUGGAGCCAUCAGGCACACCGAAUGCUACCCAAGAUGUCGAAAUGAGUGACAAUCGAUCCGAUUUGUCCUCCGAAGGCCACGAGCCUAAACCAGAAGAGGACGAGGCAAUGGAUGGAGAAGGAGGUUUAUUCGGUGACGACGAGGAUGUCGAGUACGUAAAGCACGACCACGAAUCAGCUUCGCCAAGUGCAGGAGACGAGGAUAAUGCUGGUCUCACCAUCGAGGAAAGGCUGGAGAGACAACGAUUAGAGUAUGCGGAAGACGAUGACGAAGAGCCGAAUCAGCUGGCCCAACAACAGCAUAUACUGGAGGCUGCUGUAUCUGUACCCAAUAUCCCUGCACCAAAGCCAUCCGACGGACAGCAUUGGAUCUUGCGCCUUCCCAACUUUCUCAAAAUUGACGCGAAACCGUUCAACCCGGACACGUACGAGGGACCCGAGGAAGAACUCGCCAAAGGUUCACGGGAAAGCGACAUGCUCGUUAAACUCCGAGUCGAAAACACGGUCCGCUGGCGGUGGACCAAGGGCGCCGAAGGUCGUGAUGUCCGCCAGUCCAACGCGCGCAUCAUCCGGUGGUCAGAUGGCACUUCUUCUUUGCGUUUAGGCAAGGAGUACUUCGACAUGUCGACCGUCUCGGAGGCCGCCUCAAGCAGUAAACCCCAGUCCCUGACGUAUCUUGUCGCGCAGCACAAGUCGGCGGGCAUCAUGCAAGCCGAAGCAGCUGUCGCAGGCCACAUCUCGCUGCGGCCAACGGACAUGGCGUCAGAGACGCAUCGGCUGCUUGUUCGUGCCGUGGGACAGAAGCACUCCAAGACUUCGCGCCUGCGGUUGGCACAAGCGAACAUGGACCCCGAUCUUGCCACGAAAGAACAGACCAAAGCAUCCGGCAAACGCACGAAGCGAUCUCGCGCUGAUGGCGAACCAACUCCGCGUCGGCGCAGACAACCCCGAAGGCAAAUGGACGACAUGUACUCGGACGAUGACGACGAAGACGACGCGGCGGCCUAUGGCGGAUCUGAUGAUGAUCACCGUUCCCGCAAACGCGGAGCGCCCGAAGAACGCGGGCGUGGUGGCGACUACCAGACGGACGAUUUCCUCGUGGCGGAUGAAUCGGAUGAAGAUGCGGACUCGGGCCGCGGGCGCAAGAAACGCAGUCGACGCGACAAGGGCGACGACGAUCUCGACGACCUCGACCUACUGGAGGCGAAAGCGGAGGCGGCCAGUCGCGCAGGGAAGACUGCCGAUCAAGACGGAGAUGAAGACGCGGAAGGAGAGGACGAGGAUGCGAAUAUGGACAUCGAAAGUGAAGAGGAGGACGAUGUGAAGGUUCGCCGACACGGUGGCGGACGGAAGACGCGGCGAGUUUUCGACGAGGACGAUGACGACGAGUAG